CGAGGUGGCUAUCGGCAUAGGAGAACUGAAUUGGUCGGACGGCAAGCGCACGGAGAGCAAAUUUGGGCUCGAUCGUGCUGGUUUUAUAUAUAAAAUCGGGCACCGUAGGCUGCCCGUAAGUCAUUUAGUGUUCAGCCAGUGUUCGAAGCGCUCGGAUUUUCCUGCCAAAUACUGUAUAUCGCGCUAGGUUCCCCCUACCGAACUAGUGCUGCCGGUCGUCUGUGACCAGUGCCUAUGAUCCGCGUUUCCAUCCGCUGUUGACCGUUGUGGGAGUGUGUGAACGUGUUUCGUGAAGUGAUAGUUUGCUCUGGUCCAUUACCUUUACCAGUGCUGCCAACCGAGGAGGUCCGGAAGGAAGGAUCGGUCGUGAUCAACCCUUUGACGAAAAGGAUUUUCUGUGUGAUCUAGUCUGUGGAACGCUGUGAAAGAAAAUUAAAACUCCAUAGCCACAAUGAAGGUAUUCUCCAUCUGCUUCACACUUCUGAUGUCACUUGUUCUGGUGACGGCACAAAGUUUCGGAAGACCCCUGACGGCGUUUGAUCUAAGCUCGCUGACAGGGGAUUUCGGAGGACCAAGUGCAUUUGCGGAUGCGGACUUCAGCUCCAACCGUCUGACUGCAGUCAGUGGCCGCGAUCCCCGACAGAACCGAGGCCCGGUCGUGUUCCCUCCUCCCCCGACUGAUGGCCCCAUGGAAUCCAGCGGAGUAAUUGUCGGUGCUUCCGGCUAUGGCUUCGUGCCUCCGAGCACUCCCCAAAUGUAUUUUUGAGCUUACAAAUUCCCGGCUAUGACCAACAGGACACUAAACUAGCCAAGUGUUUAGCAAGAGCAAUGUUCGUGAAUAACCAACCGCGACGAUUGGUCGUACUAACCGUCAGAAUAAUCAGGAAUAACAGUAGGCUGAUGCUCGCUAAAACCGUGUUCCCACUUUUCAUUUUUUUUCGCAGACUCUUUCAACUCUGUUUUCAGAAAUCUAAGAUACUUCUAGUCUAGUUCAAUCAUUAGCUGUAACUUCGAGAAUUAGCCUUCUACUCUUCCACGAUCGAGCAACUUUGCCGAUCGGAUCAUCCUUCGACGAAAUACUGAAACAUCCCCCGUUGGUAGGAACUUUAGUAUAGGGAAUAAUUAGAGUUUAGUAGGAGCCAGAAAAAAAUGAAAAUCUUGAAAAAAAAAACAAAUCUUGUCCGGGCCGAAUCUGCUGCCAUAUCCAUUUCUGUAUCCACGAUAGGAAAAGGAUUUACUUUGUUUUGUCGGGCCCUUUGUUUUCGUAUUAAGUCGUACAAGAAAAAGAGCAGCCGGAGGUGCCACCAUUCAGCGUGAGCCCUGUACAAAUCGAGCCCCAAAACAAAAAUAAACGCUCCGAAUAAUCGGGAGAAAGCAAUGAAUUGUAUAGGAAAACUUGUAACAUAGAAAGAUUAACUAUUUUAUUUAAUAAAUUAUUCUAGUUGACAUUGUGAACAACAAAGAAAAUGAAGGAACAUAAAACAAGA